AGACCAUCAUAAGCUAUGGGAUCCCAAUGAAUUUGCUGUUUCUUGCUUCAAAAUCAUCAUGUAUUCAAUACAGGCACAAUAUUCUCAUCAUGUAAUACAAGAAAUUCUUGGACACCUUGAUGCCUGCAAAAAAGAUUCACCACGAGUUCGCGCUGGCAUUAUUCAGGUUCUUUUGGAAGCAGUUGCAAUAGCAGCUAAAGGAUCAAUAGGUCCAACGGUUCUGGAGGUUUUUAACACCUUAUUGAAGCACUUGCGUAUCAGUGUUGACUUUGAGUUGGGUGAUAGGCGCAGCUCAGCAGGAAGUGCCACGUUCAGCACAAGUUCUAAAGAGAGUGAUGAGAGAAUUGUCCAGAAUGCUAUCAUUCAAACAAUUGGAUUUUUUGGAAGCAAUCUACCAGAUUACCAGAGAUCAGAAAUUAUGAUGUUCAUUAUGGGAAAAGUACCUGUUUUUGGAGCAACUUCACAGUCACUGGAUACAAGUCACCUUGGGGAUUUGGGAACUAGAAGAAUUCAAAUCAUGUUAUUGAGGUCUUUACUUAUGGUGACUUCAGGAUACAAAGCAAUGACGAUAACUAAUGCACUUCCUGCCCCAUUUCUGGACCCAUUACUGUCUCCUUCACUUAUGGAGGACUCUGAGCUAAGGCAGCUGGUCUUGGAAAUACUGCAUAAUCUCAUUGAUCGGCAUGACAACAGAGCAAAACUCAGAGGGAUACGAAUAAUACCAGAUGUUUCUGAUUUAAAGAUAAAACGAGACAAAAUUUCAAGGCAAGACGUGAGCUUCAUGAAAAAGCAUGGUCAGCAGUUAUACAGACACAUCUACUUAGGCUGUAAAGAAGAAGACAAUGUCCAAAAGAACUUUGAGCUGCUGUAUACAUCUCUAACUCUUAUUACAAUUGAAUUAGCUAAUGAAGAAGUGGUUAUUGAUCUUAUUCGAUUAGCUAUUGCUCUUCAGGACGUUGCCAUCAUCAAUGAGGAUAAUUUACCAAUGUUUAAUCGUUGUGGUGUCAUGGCAUUGGUUGCAGCGUAUCUAAACUUUCUGAGUCAGAUGAUUGCAGUCCCGGCCUUCUGUCAGCAUGUCAGCAAGGUCAUUGAAACUAGAAGUCUGGAAGCAUCAUAUUUUCUGCCAGAAACAAUUUUCAAGGACAAAUGCAACCUUCCAAAAUCAUUAGAGAAGCACGAAAAAAAUUUAUUUUUCUUGACAAACAAGAUUGCAGAAUCAUUAGGCGGCAGUGGAUACAGUGUGGAAAGAUUGUCCAUUCCAUACGUACCCCAGGUAACAGAUGAAGACAGACUCUCCAGGAGGAAAAGCAUUGUGGACACAGUAUCUAUUCAGGUGGAUAUUCUACCUGGCAACAGCACAGAGGAUAAGAUUGAUAAUACAGAAGAAAUCACCUUUGAAGCUCUGAAGAAAGCAAUUGAUAACAACGGGCUUGAAGAACAGGAAAAAGAAAAAAGGCGUCUUGUGAUUGAGAAGUUCCAAAAAGCACCAUUUGAAGAAAUCGCAGCGCAGUGUGAAACCAAAGCAAACUUGCUUCAUGAUAGACUCGCCCAGAUACUGGAACUCACUAUUCGACCUCCACCCAGCCCCUCAGGAACGAUGACGAUUACUGCUGGACAUGCUCAUUACCAAUCUGUUCCAGUCUAUGAGAUGAAGUUUCCAGAUCUUUUUUAACAGUGAAAUCACAGCUGUUAGUGGAUGACGAAACAGCCCCUUAUCUACAGCAUUCCGUUGUGAUUUUUACUGCUGCAGCUUUUCAGCCUGAUCAGACCACAGUCUACACAUAAUAGACUUCGUUACCACUGUAGCUUAUAGUUUUCACUUUCUGGUUUUCAUUGUUUGUUUUGUUGGUUUUUUUUUAAUGUAAGACAGUAGUUUUUUGGCUUAUAUAAAGAGUGUAAUUUUUUAAAGAGUAAAUCUAACCUAUGGAUAAAAUGUAAAACACUUAUCCACUCUGUCAUUUUUUUAAGAAUAACACUGUGCACUUUUGUACAAAAAGAAAAUAAGGAGUCUAAAAAAUAAGAAUUAAAGAAUGUACUUCUGUUUGCACUCUUGCAGUAUGCAGACUGUGCUGUAAAUACAGGAUUGUUUCAGUGACUGAAUUCUGUUGCAUGAAUGCUGCAUGUGAAAAGUAAAUUCAGCAUUUCAUUUUCUAUUCUGUUGGUGAUAUUUUUCAUUUAUGCUGUAAGUUUCCAUGUUUUUGAAGUUCCAACUAGCUUUAUAUGGGAAAUGCAAGUGUUGUGCAGGUGUUGUGAAGGGUUUGAAGAGUUUUUAACACUGUGUUCACACGAUAUUCAGUUUCUUACUAUCUGGAAAUCCAGCAAGUCUCUGAGUUUGUAGUUGGUUCACAUUGGCCAUUUUUGACAGCUGGAAUAUGAGAGUCACUGUAAAAUGUAUUGUUUUGUAAUUGUUGUAAUAUGAAGAUAAUGAAUGAAACCAAAUGAGUUAAGGAUACUGUUUUACAGUUUAAAAUUGCUUAUUUCGUGUCUUUAUGUUCUUAAGCUGCAGAACUUUAAAGCUCCAUACGCGUAGAGGCUCUGUUAUCUGCAGUACAUCCAGUGCUGUCACAAUGUUUAUACACUUGUAUCCAGCUGUUUAAAUGUAUUCCAGCUUUUGCUUUGUGUUUUCUUUCCCAUUAUGUCAUUUUUAGGGUUUUUUGGUAGCAGGUCACUUUUAAAGUAAAUACAAUCCCUGUAUGUUUCAAAAGACAGAAAUAGCCUAUUGUCCAAAAUCAGAGUAGGGCUAUUUUAUCUUUUGUUCCGAUGGUCAUAUAUUCUGUACUGUAUGUAAUGAACCAGUUCAAUAAAUGUAAGAACACACUGUGCAAUCUAUAUUUAAGCAAUAAAAUCAGAAUUUAAAAUAAA